GCUUCCGUGCACGUAUUUUGUCCCUUCAAGGGACCCUUCUGACUCCAUGGCAACGCAGCUACCGCCACAGAUAAUCUCGUUUGUUUAUGCAGGCGGCAGAAUCUGCUCUUUUUAUACAAUUAACGAACUGGAACAUGUGACUUUACUUCAAAUAAACCAACGCUUUACGCUGUAUUGAUUACACAAGACGCAUUCAUGAAAAUACUGGACCCAUCAGAACGAUAAGAUGUUAACACUGUUAGCUGCCCUGUAACGGUAACCAGUUAUUCUUUGUUAACGUGUUGUUAACGUUAGCUAGCUGUUAGCUAACGUUACAUAUUAGCUAAUCUAACUUUAUGUCAUUUUCUGUAUUUUUAUCUUACUUAGCACUGCAAGGGACAAUUCCUCACUACAAAUACGUUUGAAUUCCCAGAGAUGUGAGCCUUGUGACAGUUGAAGGUGUCUUCUUAGAAAGAGACAAUGCAGGUGUUGCCUAUUUGGGAGCUUUCCAUCCCUCUCCCAGCAGUGCUGAUGAUUACUCUGAGUCUCUACAUGAUCGUCCUGGGGAUCGGGCUGUGGAUCCGAUCCUGCCUCAAGGACCGUUGUUCUUCAGAGUGUUGUGACUGCUGUCCAAACAUUUCCGUAUGUGACCAGUGCUUCAGAUUUGCGGAAAUGUGUGACUGUCGCCUGCCAACCGUGCGCUCAUGUCGGGCCGUUUCAUGCCCUUCUCCUUCUUGUGCCAAAUGGGACUGUGCCUGCACCUGUCAGCCUCCGGAGUGUGACUCCUGCAACUGCCUCUGCUUCGAGAUCCGGAUCAAGUAGAAGACGAGGAUCGAGGUGCACCAAUGUCAACUGAGCGACCACAAGUACUUUAGUUUUUGAGUUCUUUGAAAAAUGUUUUUUAAUUGUUUGUCUUUUAUUAGAGAGUUUACAGUGGAGAAAUAACAGGAAAAAGAGUGUUGGGGAAGACUGCGAUUUAUGCUCAGCAUCUUCAUUUUCUGUAAAAUGAAUGGAGUUAAUGGAUGGAACAACCAGACAGUAAAGGUCUGUUUUUUGAUAAAUGAAAUACCUGAUAAAUCAA